AUGGCAGAAGAGUUUUUAAAAACCGAUCCGGAUGCUGACGAUCAAGAACUGAUUGUAGAAAGCAAAAGAGCCAUUAAUUAUUUGCAAGUUCAAAGAAAUUACAGAUACGUUGAAUUCUUGGCCCAGGGAGGGUAUGGCUGGGUGUCUUUGGUGUAUGAUGACACGGAGAAGCGUGCUCUGGCGAUCAAGUGCACUAUCGACACCAGCGAAAUGGAGCUGACUUGGUGGCCGAAGUUACAGCAUGACACCAUUUUGCCCCUCAUCGAGUACAUCACACUCGACAGCUGCACCGUUUUCAUAAUGCCCGCCAUGAGGAAAGAUCUCUGGAUGUGUGUGAACGAACCUCAAUUCUACCGGGAAGAGCUGAGCUUCGGACUUUGCCGCAUCUGGCUUGGGGAUGUGGCCACUGCCUUGGACUACCUGCACAGCCAGCAGCUCUGUCAUCUCGACCUGAAGCUGGAUAACGUUUUUCUCAAGGACAAUGGAAGGGCUUGUCUGGGGGACUUCUCACUCCUCUCAGACAGCAGGGAGGUACCAGCUAAGUUCCACUUCCUUGAGCUGUACGAACCUCCUGAGUUCACGCACUGGUGCCAUGGGCAAGCCCCCAGUGCAAUUACCAACGCAGUCCAGUUUACUGGUGACAAGGCAGAUAUGUGGCAGUAUGGCAUCCUUUCUCUGGACCUCCUAACCAACCUUUCACUUAGUGGCGACCGAAGUAACUAUUUUACACUAUGGCACCAUGAUGUGUGGCCUUUCGUCCAGAAAGUUUUACUGCACAGGGAGUACUUGGAAUAUCUGAUGGAAGACACCUUCCAGAACGUGUUCUUCAACCCUCUUGACUUUGAACUCUGCCACGAGUUCCUGGAACAAAUUCUUAUCAUUGAACCGAAUGCCAGAGUGAGUGCUGCUGAAGCUAUGAAGCAUGAAUUUGUGAAUGUGGAUUGGCCACACAUGCCGGCCUCCUUCGGGAUGCCAAAACAGAUAACUGCUCAUCCGUCGAAGCAAAGAUCUAAGGAUGUGAUGAAGAAACCAUUUGCUGAAGGGGAGGAAGAAGCUGUGGAAGUACCCUUGGGAGAGUCUGCAGCACAGGCUGCAGAGGUGCUGAAGAAAAAGAAGGAAAAACUACAGAAACAAAAGCAGGAAAGGAGACAAUCUUUUGCUGCUAUAGCAGGUAAAAAUCCAUUAAUGAUUCGACACAAUAUCUCCGGUAUGAAUGUAGAAGCUGACAGGUCAACAUCGCAUGAGUUGAGUAUGAGCGACAUCGAGGUUCGAGACAAUAUCGUCAUCAAGAAGUCAGUAGAGCCAAAUACCAGGAGUAACUCUGAAAGCAGAAACCCAGGCACCAAAAAGAUCGCUUCUAUCUCACCAUAUAAAAAACUGCAACCCAAAAUUAAUAGAGAUCCCGCCAAGUCAACAUCCUCCCAGUUAGGACGAUCUAGCAGAAGCUCAACUGAACAGGUCACUAGGUUCCUUAGUUCAUCAGACAAAAAUCCUAAAAGCAAAUCUCCGGUUAGGAAGGUAUCUGAACCAAAAGGCAAAUCACCUUCUGCUAAAAAGUCUCCAGGUGCUGCCCGCAAAAAUUCGUCAGCAUUGAAGAAAUCAAGUAAUACAAAAAAAUCUCCAAAAGAUGAAAAGUCGCCAAGUAAACCUAAAGACAGCAAAAUACCAUCAAGUAGAAAGUCGCCAAAGGGUUCGCAAGGCUCGACGACUGCUAAAAAGUCGCCAAGAUUUAGAAAAACUCCAGGAAAUCCAAAAAGUUCAUCAAAAGAUCAAGAAAAUACGGCGAGAUCCAGAAAGUCGACAAGUGAUCAGGAUGAUAAGAUGAAAGGCCAGACUUCCACAGAUGAUCAGAAAAACACAGCAAAAUCUGCAGAAGACAGUGAAAAGUCUACAGCGUCUAGUGACAAAGAUUCUAAAGUUACGAAAAACAUCUCUUUUGGUUCUCAGGAAGGCCGCAAAGUGUCAAGCCAUGAAAUCUCGCACCAGAACCUUCUCGAAUAUGAAACUCCAAGACAAUCUGGCAUUUAAAUACAGCAAUGAAAACCAGACACAAACGACUACCGAUGAUCAAUAUUUAUAGAAGCUGCAAACUGUUUUGAAAGAAAUUACAGUAAAUGAGAACGACAGUAAGCCAUCUACACUAUCAAAUCCCAAUUUUCAU